AUGUGGAUUUCCUGGAUGGGCCAGCAGUGGGACCAAAUCAGGAGUAGGGGUUUAUUUGAUCUCACUCUGGUGGCCUGUGGCCAGGAAAGCCUGCAGCUCACCUUGCUUCUGGGCUGGGAAGGAAAUGCUUCCUUUGUGCUGACAACUUGGGAUACUGAGGGGAAGGCACAUGCUCUGCAGAAUUACUCUGACUGUGGACUCUGGGUAACUGGGACUCCAGAAGGCUCCAGGAAAGUUUUGGUCUCCUAUACUGGCUGCUAUGUCUUUGAAUGGGAUGAAGAUUAUCUCAUGCUGGCUGGGCUUGAAGGAACAGAUGCUGCUGGGCAAAAGUUCCUUCAUGAAGAGAAGCUGCUCAGGUGUCCUGUGGACCUUCCUGCCAUGGAUGCUCCAAGCAGUAGUGUCUGUUCUGCUGUCCUCAGCCAAGACCGGCUGCCCUGUACCUCCCUGCCUAUUAGCCAGGGGAACUGUGAAGUGUGAGGCUGCUGCUAUGACUCCAGGGACAGGGUGAAGCCUUGCUUUGGUAACACAGUGACAGCUCAUUGCACACCAGGAGGGCAGUCCUCUGUUGCUACCUCUCGGGAUGUGACCCUGCCACCUCUCAUUCUGGACUCUGUGAAACUGGCCAGUGGACGCAGUACUGUCUGCAUGCCUGUCAUGAAAAACAGUGCCUUUAUUGUGUACCAGUUCCCACCCUCCGCCUGUGGCACCACUUUUCUGGUGACUGGAGACCAGGCCAUAUAUGAGAAUGAGUUGGUGGCAUCCAGGGAUGUGAAGACUGGGAGCCUUGGCUCUGUCACCAGGGAUAGCAUUUUCAGGUUACAUGUCUGCUGCAGUUACUCCAUGAUUGGGAGCUUCAUUCCCUUGAGUGUUCAGGUCUUCACACUGCCACCACUCCCUGCUGUGUCCCAGUCAGGUCCUCUGACCUUAGAGCUGCAUGUAGCCUCGGAUGAAAGCUAUACUUCCUACUAUACUGACAGUGACUAUCCUGUUGUGAAGACUUUGAGAGACCCUGUUUAUGCAGAAGUCAAGACCCGUCAGAGAACAGACCCAGACCUGAUUUUGGUCUUGCAUCACUGCUGGGCCACACCAAGUAUCAAUCCCCAGCAACAGCUGCAGUGGCCUGUUUUGGUGGAUGGGUGCCCUUAUGCAGGGGACAACUAUCAGACACAGCUGGUGCCUCUGAGUCUUGCCUCAGGACUGCAGUUUCCCUCUCAUUAUCAACGUUUCACCCUCUACACAUUCACCCUUGUGCACCCUACUUCUCAAGAUACGCUCUCUGGACUGGUGUAUCUGCACUGCAGUGCCUCAAUGUGCCACCGGUCUGUCCAGGACUCCUGCAGCACCACUUGUCCUGCUAGAGCCA